AUUCAUUCAUUUAGCGCGUUUGUCGAUCCUAGCGGGACUGGACCGAGGUUUCGCCUCUCAGUCCACUACCUCCUAGCCUCCUGUUACCUGCAUGGGGCUUUUUUGGAUGCUAAACUGAAUGGACUCGACAGAUCGGAACGAGAACUAGCCAUAGAAACGACUCCAAAACCUUCGGUCCUUCCAAAUCGCCCAUGCUCUUCUGGUGACACUGUCGCAGAUGCCCCCUCGCAGCUAGGCCACGUUGGAACGAUUCCUGAAUAUGUCGAAAGCCUUGUUAUCCCCGACCUUUUGCCAUUGUUUCACAAACCUUCGCACUUCGGGAUUGGUCUGAAUUGCCUUGUUGCGUGCACAGACUUGAUCUCAUGUGAUCGCAUGGAAUGUUGGCUUCGAUCGUCACUACUCAAUAGCAAGCAACCUCUGGUCAGCCGAGUUGGGGACUGUUCGGCCCGUUACCAACCAUGGCGACACAGCUAAACCCAUCCUAUACAAAGCCACAGUUCACAAAUCCUUGGAGGAGUCCCUCAUCGAAGACGCCUGGUCAAUCAGACGAAAUACCUGAUGGUCGCAUUGCACACACAUUGACUGCCUGUACUAGAUGCCGACAACGCAAAUCUAGGUGUGAUCCCGGGAUACCAAGGUGCUCCCCCUGUGAGCGCAGCAAUGCAAAAUGCGUGUACUUCGACUCCGCCCGAAAGUGUACCAUACCAAGGACGUACAUCGUUUCGCUACGUGAGAAAGCCCGUACGUUGGAAAGGGAGCUGGAAGAGGCCGAGAAGGAAUUCCAGCAUGCAGCCGAUGCAGAAUUAAUGGUUCGGGGAGCUGGUCGCAUUCGGUUCAAGGAAAAUGACGAGUCAAGAUUUUUAGGACCGUCGAGUGGCAUCGCGAUUACUCGCUUAGUUAUGGAGAUGGCCAAACAGAAUACAGACUCAAAGAGCAUCAAGGAUGUUGUGCCCGAAUUAACGGCACACGAAAUAAAGCAAGCGUUUGAGCAGGAAAGCUCUAAGCCAACAUCGAAAGUUUACCCCAUCAUUAGCUCAAACCCGCAGCCGAGCCUCCCAGCGAAGUAUGUCACUUACAGACUUGUUGAUGUGUUUGUGGUCAAAGCGCAAGCGAUGCUCCCAACAUUGCACGAGCCCACGUUCCGCCAGGAGGUCGAAGAUGUUUUCAACGGAUCUAAUGAUCCGUGCAAAAAUUUCCAACUACGAAUGGUGAUUGCCAUUAGUAUGCAAAAGAUGAGUACUGCUUAUGCAGGAUUAGCCGACAGCUAUUACCUUGCCGCGCUACCCUUUCUAGAAGCCUCUCUGAGGCGGAUGGACCUGAGGGCUUUGCAGUGUCUGGUUUUGAUUGCCCAAUAUUCUUUGUUAACCCCGACAAGGACCGCCGCGUAUUGGGUCGUUGGAAUAGCCGUCAAAUUAUGUCAAGAUCUGGGACUUACUGACGAAGCUACAAUCACCAAGUCGCCCAGUGGAGAACUGUUGAAUCCCUUGGAAAUAGACAUGCGGAGGCGACUCUUCUGGAUCGUCACCUCCAUGGAAUUUGGACUAUCCCAUAGUCUUGGACGGCCCAGUUGCUAUUCUGUCAGCCACGAUCAUAUGGGUGUCAAAUUUUUUGAACUCAUAGAUGACAAAUUUAUUACCCCAGACGGAAUCCUUCCAGGAGGGAAACCAAUACUACCUAAGUGUAUCGCAAUACACUUUUUCAAGAUGCGACUACUACAGCUGGAGAUAAGACGCACUCUCUACCUCAAUAAGCGCGAUGCUCCUGUUGAUGAUCAAGAUCCAUGGUUCCAGCAAAUGCUCAAUAAACUUGAUUAUUGGGUGGCCUCUUGUCCGAAAAACGACGGAGGAAGUGGCUUGAGUGAGAAGUGGUUUCAUGGCAGGCGGAAUACAAUGAUCGUUUUCAUGUUUCGCCCCUCCCCUCAGGUACCGGAGCCUUCUGUCAGCGCUGCGCAGAAAUGCUACGAGGCGUCCGUCUUCAAUGUGGCAAUGCAACGAGAGCAGAUUGCGACUAAAUCGGUCGACUUGACUUGGAUCUUCACUCAAUCCCUUUUUAUGGCGUUGAACACCAUACUUUGGUCCCUGUCAUAUCCUGAGAUUCGAAGGGAGCAUCCCGUAGAUGAAGUCAAGGGCCACCUUGAUAUAGCGUUAGAGGCCAUCGUGCUUGCUGCAGAGAGAUGGCCCGGCGUUGCAUCGGCAUUACUUCUAUAUAAGAGCCUUGUCGCGGCAUGUCUCAAAGCAUACAACACUCAUGAAUCAUUCGUCGUCCAAUCUCCGUCCAAUCAUACAACACCGGCAUCGUCGCAGGAAGUUGCGACGCCGCCAUCCAUUUCAAGUCCUGCAAGUACCACAAUGUCAUUCCCUUCUCAGAACAUCCGGGGCAUGAAUGCCUCAAUUCCUGACAGUUUGUCUUCGGGCACAUUGUCAAGAGGGCAUUCUGCAGAUCCGACGUUCCCAUUCUCAACCACCUCGCCUCCUUCGGAACCGAUGAAACUGGCCCCGUAUCCCCUGUGGGACUCUCAAGUGCAGACCCAACGGCUUACUUCCUCAAGCAUAACGCCGACCCCAUAUACCACCUCAUCGUUCAACCCAACGACUGUCGCUUGCUCUGAUGGACAGUUCGACCCAACCACGCCCUACAAUCAGUUUCCCUCUGUUGUUCCCGGUUUGCAAGGCUGGGAUCCUGAUUUUACGCUUGCCUCUACAACAGCAAGCCACCUUGCGUAUGUUGAAGCGACUGUUGAUCCUAUGAAUUGGAUGGACUCUAUUGGAAAUCAAUACUCGCAAUAUUUCAAUGGGGCAUACCCUAUUCCAUCGUGGCGUGAGCGGACGCUCAGUCAACAUGACCAGAUUGAGCUCAUGGCGAAGUUGGAAGAGAAUAUUCCUGAUGUGUCAGCCCAACUUGUGCGGGAGUCUGCAACGUUUUACCAGUCCUAGUAGGUUUGGGGAAUUGACAACUAAGUCACAAUAUGUUUGCUAUUGCGAGAGUCGCCGCGGUUCUUCCCGUGCAGCGGCCUUUGUUUUGAUACAUGAAUGUAGAUAUACCCAUGGGCGAUUAUUCAAAAAAGGGCUUACGAGAUACGGUAGCUUGGUGUUUGGUGCUAGUUUGGCUUUGAUUUAGUCUCUCAGGUGAUAUACAGUUAAGAUAUGGAGGAAUUAAAGUCUACAGAACUACUUUUUG